AUGGCGGAUUUCAGCAGCAAAUGGGUGCGCCAUCUCAGAAUCCGGGAUCGUCAGGGCAGGGACAAAGGGGGAGAGUCCCAGUCCUAUUACACCUGUGAUAUCUGCGGUAAUGAAUCCCACACUAUAGAAGCAUGGCGCGAACAUGCUCAAAGCGAUAAUGAGCAUCGUAAGGACCAAGUCCCUUCUGGGACUGCAGCCGAUGAAAAUCGAGAUGCAGACGGGCAUAGAGACAAGCGCUGUUCACCCCCACCGGCACGUCCGACGCCCGGCAGUCCGCAAGUUAGCCGCAGCCGCGCUCGCAUUGAGACCCGGAUCGACUUUGACCGCGGUCCCCACAAGAAUACUACCGGCCGUCAGCUAUGGAGUGAAGACAACCCCCAACCAAAGUCACAUAGCCAAGGCCGUUCUGUCCCUCUUCCUUCACCCAGACAGGGGCCACCUCCCAAGGCGAACAGGCAUACACAACCUACUACACAACAACCCCCUCCACCUUCUGUCAUCGAUGAUGACUCGUCAAGGAUGAUGCGUCAGCCGGAGACCCGGCCAAUCUCCCAAGACCAACUCGUCGCCGAGGUCAAAGGCAUAUAUGCAGGAUUGGUCAUGGUCGAGACCAAAUGCAUCGAAGUAGAUAAUGCACAAUCAUCCAACACUGAUGCCAACUCAAAGCUCAACAACGAACAAUGGCAAGCGUUAAUUGCAUUACACAGAACACUUCUUCACGAACAUCACGACUUCUUUCUCGCCAGUCAACACCCCUCUGCCAGCCCGGCUUUACGCAGGUUGGCUUCCAAGUAUGCUAUGCCUGCUCGCAUGUGGAGACAUGGAAUUCAUUCCUUUCUUGAACUUUUGCGACAUCGAUUGCCAGCCUCUCUCGAGCAUAUGCUCACUUUCCUGUACUUGGCUUAUAGCAUGAUGGCCCUGCUCUACGAAACCGUGCCUGCUUUCGAAGAUACAUGGAUCGAGUGCCUUGGUGAUCUUGGCCGAUAUCGUAUGGCCAUUGAGGAUGAUGACAUUCGCGACCGAGAAGUAUGGACCGGUGUAAGUCGCCAUUGGUACAGUAAAGCCUCGGAAAAGUCUCCCACGACAGGAAGACUUUACCAUCACUUGGCUAUCUUGGCAAGACCCAAUGCGCUUCAACAGCUGUACUUUUACACCAAGUCGCUCUGUGUGCCCAUUCCGUUUUCCAGCGCCCGGGAAAGUAUUAUGACGUUAUUUGAUCCUGUAUUGAACAACAGUCCUACCCGCCUGUCCCCAAUUGAUGCUUCCUUUGUUCGCGCUCAUGGCAUACUUUUCUCUGGGAAGUCCUGGGACCAGCUUGAAGACACUAUGAAUGGUUUUAAUAAACAGUUGGAUAGUCAUAUCGCCCGGUCUACUAAGAGAUGGCUGGAAGCAGGAUACUAUACUGCAAUCUCUCUUGCUUGCUCUCUCCUUGGUUAUGGUGCCGAAUCCAAUAUCCUGAUGCGAGCUAUUUCCAAGAAGCCCGAGGAGACAGAUGUUGCUAUGGGCGGGAGUACAAUUUCCGAGGCCAUGCCGGAUGAGAAAUUCAAGCCUGCUCUGAAGUUUGGAGUAAGCACGAUUAAGAUCGUAGUUAGCCGCUGGGGAGAUACCAAUACGUUGCCUUUCCUGCAUACGAUUAUGGUCUUCAUGAACUACAUGACUCGAUACCCCGCGGCCAUGAACCACUUGGAGGGUGAAUUCCCUUGGAAGCUUACCGCUCUAAUGCUCAACUCACUGUUAGGAUCUUGCGAGCCUGGAUACAAAGUUCAAAGACAGAUACCACUGCCGGAUAAGGAUCAGUCCCCGCGCCCUUUGCCAGAAGAUUUCGCAAUGCGAGGCUUGCUCUACUCGGAGGACUAUAUUCCUAACGAUUGGUUCCACAAUGAGAAAAUUGACGAGGACGAGAAAUACUUUGAACUGGCCUCCAUGGCAGAAGAACGCAGAGGCCGGAUUCUUUCCCUGGGAUGCAGCAUUGCCACUUCAGGCAGCUGGCUAAUUUGGGACGAAGCCACUAGCCAGUUCUCACCGGCGGCCAAAUACGACAUAGACUUACAAGACCCUUCGGCAAGCGCCCCAUUCCUCGUUGAUUUAGCAGAAGCUUGA